AUGCAUGACUUACAUGAUUAUGGUCGUGUCCUCACCCUGAAGUUAAAGUUGCACACCUUUGAGGUUCGCACUCGCCAGCAGCCGCUUGUUGAUCUUACUGACCAGGCUGAAGUCAUCGCCGCCUGUGCGGUCGACUUGCUACGAGAAGAGAUCCGUCUGGCCAUUGAGCCUAAGUCGUCAGUUCCGCCUGACAUUAUUACCAGAUCGGCUAAAGCUUCAGCUAAGGUCAUUCAGCUAGAGAAAUAG